AUGUCUUCCUCUUCGUCAUCGUCGACCGGCCCUUCAAUACCUUCCGCAGAGGAAGUCAGAACUGAAGUCGUCGAAGCCUCAAAACAAACGCUCUCCAGUUUCCGCUCCCUUAUCGCCGGGGGUGUUGGUGGAAUAUGUGCUGUCAUCGUGGGACAUCCCUUCGAUUUGGUGAAGGUGCGAAUGCAGACGGCGGAGAAGGGAGUUUAUAGUGGGGCUCUCGAUGUUGUGAGGAAGACUGUUGCUCGGGAAGGUUUACGGAAGGGGCUAUAUGCGGGUGUAUCGGCACCUCUAGUAGGCGUGACGCCGAUGUUCGCUGUCAGCUUCUGGGGCUAUGAUGUUGGUCAAAAGCUCGUCCGAGCAUUCUCCCCCCAAACAAACUCCGACGCCCAUUUCACAAUCGGCCAAACCUCGACCGCCGGCUUCUUUUCCGCCAUCCCCAUGACCAUCAUAACAGCUCCCUUCGAACGCGUAAAAGUUCUCCUCCAGAUUCAAGGCCAGAAACAACUCGCACCAGGCGAAAAGCCCCGCUACUCAGGCGGCAUGGACGUCGUGCGUCAGCUUUACAAAGAAGGCGGCAUACGAUCCGUCUACCGCGGCUCUGCAAUGACGCUCGCAAGAGAUGGGCCUGGUAGCGCUACAUAUUUUGCCAGUUAUGAAUACGUGAAGAGAAAGAUGACGCCGAAAGACGCAGAUGGGAACCCGUCAGGGGAGUUGAGCUUGACGGCAGUGAUGACUGCGGGUGGGGCAGCGGGUGUGGCCAUGUGGAUACCUGUUUUCCCGAUUGAUACGAUCAAGAGUCGAUUGCAAAGUGCUGAGGGACGACCAACGAUUGGCGGCACUAUAAGAGGACUUUAUGCGAGUGGAGGCUUUAAGGCGUUCUUUCCCGGCAUGGGGCCGGCGAUGGCGAGGGCCGUACCGGCGAAUGCUGUGACCUUUCUGGGGGUGGAGUUGGCGCAUAAGGCUAUGAACAAUGCGUUUGGGUAG